AUGGUUGCCCUUCGUGAGGCUGUUGCCUCCAACCAGCGCAUUGCUGCGACGUUUCCCAAGGGGCUGGUGGCUGUGUUUGUCGGAGGCACAAGUGGUGUUGGCGAGUACACGGUCAAGGCGUUUGCCAAGUACACCAGCAACUCGCGGGCCUACAUCAUCGGCCGCUCGAAGCCCAGCGCCACACGCAUCGUGGCCGAGUGCCGUGCCUUGGGGCCCAGCAACUCGUUUGAGUUCAUCCAGGCCGACAUCAGCCUGCUGAAGACCGUUGACGACGUUUGCAGGCAAAUUCGCGCGAAAGAGACGGCGAUCAACAUUCUGUUCCAAACCCAGGGAUCGAUGGCGUUUCAUGCAGUCACCCCCGAAGGUCUCUCGCUAGCCGCUGCGCUGGGCAUACACUCUCGCACCCGCUUCCUUCUCAACCUGCUGCCCCUCCUCCAGCGCGCCACGGCCCUGAAGCGCGUGGUCUGCGUUAUGGCGGCGACGUGCGAGGGGCCCAUCGACCUCGACAACCUCGGCGGCGUCGGCUUUUCGCUGUUCCGGCGCCGCGACCAGCUUGCCGCCGUGCAGACGCUUCUGCUGGAGAAGGUCCAGGAGACGGUCGCGGGCGCAGCCCCUGUCGGGUUUGUGCAUGACGUGCCGGGCGUCGUACAAAGCGGCAUCACGCGCGACGCCGAGGGCGUUGGCAUGAAGGUGCUCAUUGGCGUGACCAGCUUGCUGGGCCCGCUGAUUCGGACACCCAUUGACGAGUGUGCCGAGAUGCAUCUCUUCUACGCGACGAGCGCGCGCUUUGCCUCGUACGCGGGUGGUGUGGCGAGCGACGGCGUCGCCCUGCAAAACGGCCUUGGCACAGCUCGGGGCAGCAUCGGCAAAACGGGCAGCGGCGUGUACACGAUCAACACCAAGGGGGAACCUUCGCCGCCUCGUGUGGAAGAGGUCCUGGCUGGGCACCGGAACGACGGCACGGCGACCAAGUUGUGGGACAUUGUCAUGGCCGAGUCCAAGAAAAUCACGGGAAGCGAGUGGCUUGCGUGA